AUGGGUUACUGCCGUAUGUUGGAAGUGUAUCUGGCUGGUAGUGCCGAGGGGACUAACACAAGUGCAAACACGUUAACGGAAUUCGAGCUCAAGGUGAUAGAAUAUAUGUCCCGUCGGAUCGAUGAUUGGAUUGAAUCUUUCAGGGAAGCCUUAACAAAGGUCCAAAAUUGUCUUGACUGGAACUCAGAACUAUGGCUUGGACAGGAGGCUGCAUUCCAAACUUUGACUAACAUGAUGGCUCUCAUAUCACAAUUCGAUGCCGAUAAUGAAUGUGUCAAAACUAGGCUCCUGGUAGUUCAACAGGCUUAUAUGUGUCUCGACAUAGCACAAGUUCGACUGUUCUUUUCUGACUGCUUUGGGACCCAGGCAGGCUUGAAGCUCUGGAAAAAAUUGACCUUUAUCGCCAGACCGUUGGUCGACUGUCGAUUACUGAGAUCAAUAGCUGCCCGGGAGCCGCACUUGGGAAAUUGCAAGGUUUCAUUGAUUUCUUCCAAAUCGAGCACAGCACUGGAAGGCAAAGACGUAGUUGACAUAUUUGAGGCGUGGGAACAACUAGGGCUGGGCUGCAUUCCAAAGCCAGUGAUCCGAAAACUUCAUCCAUUGAGCCAAAAGUUUAAAAUAGCUUGCGCGAAGACUUUUUCUCUGCAUGCUGAGAUACAGCUAGUGGUGCACUAUGAGGACAGAUGUGCACCUUGGCCUACUCUUGACUAUUUUGGAUGCAGUAAAAAGACUUGCUUGCUCUGCGAAACCUUCCUUGGCGCGUUGCCGAGUCCAAUUGCCACACGUGGAAGGCAUGGUAUUUGCUAUCCUGCUUGGGCUGUACCAGUCUCGAAGUCAGGUACCAUGCAGAUUGCCGUCAAGGUGUUGGAGCAAAGCCUUUUGGCUCGCAUUGAAGGGAUUCUCAACGGCUUUAUACACCCUAGGCACAAAAGUCUCGUCAUGCAAUCCGACAUCGUGUCGGACUUUUCGGACCUGACACUCGAAGAAUGGCAGCAGAAAGAACAGGAUAGGCAGCGUUUUAAAAAUGAAAAGACAAUCCAGCAUACGAAUAUGCUGAUUAGCCAGGGGAUUACUCCAACUACAAACCCGAAGCAUCACCCCCUCGACAAUUUUGAACUUGAAGAUUGCUGUGUGAUGUGUAAUAAAAGCCCAGGAAUUCAAUGCCCACAAUGCCGAAGUACAUACUAUUGUUCCAAAGACUGCGAGAGAAGUGAUUUUGCUUCACAUGACCCUCUCUGCAAACAGUUCGCUCUUCAGCCCGAUAGACCCUCCCCGGAACACAAGCGAGCCAUAUUCUUCCCAGUUGAGGAAGACAAGCCAUGCUUAAUAUGGAUCCCAUGCAGACGGCAAUAUGACGAGGAAGACGGAAUCGGAUGGAAGAAGGUUGAUUAUAAUCCCUACCUUGGAACUGAUGACCCGUUAAAACGCACAAUGCGCAUUGAACAUAAUCCAGUACGAGAUCGAAAUCUGGGCUCUGGCUUUACAUGCUUUUCUCCGCGCAAGGAAGGAUACUGUGUCUCCUUGCUACAUCGCGACGCAUAUUUGAAGGAUGGGUCAGCCACAAAUAAAAGUAUAUUGGCUUCUGUGAGAGCGUCCCGCACCGCUACCACCCCACAUGAAUAUCGCGGCCCGAUGAUUGCCCUGCGUGAACUUCACCACGAAGACUUUGCCGAUAUGACACUAGCUGACUUCCGACAUCUGAUGGAUUACUUGAUAAGCUACCGAGACACGAAUAUCAGAGAAAGCGUCCCGGAUUUGCAACACCGCGCUACAACAGCCUCCCGCGGCGUAAAGAUUUGCUGUUACGGCGAAGUGGAGCUUCAUGGGUCAGAGCACUUCGUUUCUGUCGAUUUUACUCGAGCAAACAAGAUCUCGCUGGGCAGCGGAUCUAUCUCACCAAUAUCUGUCUGCCUCGGUAUGCCUAUACGAUUUUGGAAGGAUCCGGGUACCGAGCUUCGCCAUCAUCCGCCAGAAUGGAACAAUAGUAAUCCUAACGUUGCAUUCAUGAUGAUGGAAACUGAGUGUUGUAAGCAAGAGUGGGGCUGGGCGCCUUCGUACUGGAGUUGCGACAUAGGGAAUGUCUGGGCUGUUCGUGAAGACGGGCGGGAUCUUGCUGUGAGAGAUGUCGACAUGAUGUGCCAUUUUAUGAGGCACAAAUUACAGGUUAUGUUUGAAGACGUGAUGGAAUCAGGGGAGAGCUCAUUCAAUAGGCAGAGGGUCUUGGAUUUCAUCACUAAGGAUAAUAUGAUUCUUCAUUGGGAGGAGACUCAUGGGAAUUAG